CAGCGGGCGGCGGGACGUGCCGCUCCGCUCUGCCAGUCACCGGCCGCCGCCGCGCCUGCCGGCACCGCCAUGCGCAUCGAGAACCCGACCUUCGCGCUGACCCAGAGCGGCGAGGUGGCCGACAGCUCGCCCGACGUGACGCAGACGGUGGCGCCGCCGCCGCCGCCUCCGCCGCCGCUGACGACGACGACAGCCGACAAGGCGGGCCUGGUGGAUGGCGCUGGGCCCAGCGAUGUGCUGUACGUGCGCGGAUGGCGGUUGCACAAGAGCCGGCUCUGGCAGGCCCUCGCUGCGCUUGGGCUCAUGCUCUUCGUCGUUAUGGUGGUGGCGUAUAUGUCCCGCGGCCGCCACCCGCCGUCAGUGGCACCCCCGCCGCCGCCCACCGCUCGACCUCAUGUCAGCCAGCUGCGCGAGUGUGAGCAGGCCGACUGCGUGUACCAGGCAGCCGACAUGAUCCGCGUCAUGAACCUCUCCACCGACCCCUGCCAUGACUUCUACAACUAUGCCUGCGGCAACUUCAAGGAGGUGCUUCCUGACCGGCGCAAUUCUCGCGAGGUGUUCAGGACAACCGACUGGCUACGAGACAAGAACGACAAGAGGGUGGUGCAGCUGCUGGAGGACGCGCCACAGGCUUUCAACCCGGAUUCGACCCAGUGGAAGCUGAAGACGCUCUAUUCCAGCUGCCUCAAUGACUACGAAAACAUGAAGAAGGCCGGCAAGAGGAUGGUGAAGCUUAUAAACGUUCUCGGAGGCCUGGACCUGCUCGGUACCUGGGACGAGACGCUCUGGCAGUUCAACUCCACGUUCAGGAAGGUGCACGACGAGCACUGGACUGACGCCAUGAUGAACUUCUAUUGGGUGCGAAACCCGCGCAGGCCAACGGAGAACAUGCUCAGAAUCACCAAAUCUGGCACGGGAAUCCCGUACACAUCAGCUUACCUGAAUCCAACGAUACCACCGUACAAUCGGAUGAUCACCGCCUACCAGACCACCAUGGCCACCGUCAUGGCGAUGCUGGUGCGAGACUCGGGCGUCAACGUAACUGCGCUCAACAGGACCUGUGACCACCACUGUCUGCAGAACUUCGUCGACGACGUCAUGAACGUCGAGACCAAGCUCGCCAAUAUAUCGACCCGGUACCCCGGCGCGAUUCUGUACCGCGGCCGGCGCCGCUCGCGCCGGCAGAGCGUCGGUUUGCGACUGCUGCGGCUGCGGCCGCCCGUCUUCCGACUCACACUGAGCGAGCUGGAGCGGCGCACUCCGCAGGUUGACUGGAUGGGACUGUUUGAAGAUCUGAUGGGCGAAGGCAUAGUGUCGCCAUCCACCGUGGUGGAGAUACCGCGCUACCACUUCAUGGACAAUCUUGGCUCACUUAUCGACGGCGAGUCUAAACGAGCGCUGCACCAUUACCUGGUAUGGUGUGUGGUGCGCCGACACCUCAUGGGCAUGAGCGUCGAUUACGCGUUUCAAAAGCUGAGGCUAGAUGAGGUGAUCCGUCGCUCCCGGAAGCUCCAGUCCCGGGAGGAGUACUGCCUCGACGUAUUGGACAAGCACAUGGGCGAAGCGAUGGGCAUGUUGUUCGUCAAGGACCACAUCGGGCUGGACACGGUGCGCCAAACGUCCAACUUCACGCAGACGAUGGUGGACGCCUUCAAGUUAAGCUUCCAACCGUGGAUGACGGAGAGCGUGCGUUACAAAGCGAGCACCAUUCUCAGCAACACCACCUUCCAUUUCGGCUUCCCCAAGUGGAUCUUGAGCGAGCAGGAACUGGAUAGCUAUUACGAACCGCUUGGUGUGGUCCCAAACGACUUCUUCCAGAAUAUGAAGAACAUCGACCUAUUCAAGCGCAUCGUGCUGCGCAACCGACUGCGGUACGGGAACAACAAACAACGCUGGACCAUCAAAGCCACUCAUGCCCAGAUUUUGAGCUCAACAUCCGGCAACUAUCUGGCAGUGCCGGCCGGCAUGAUGCGAAGUCCGAUAUUCUCUCCUCAAAUACCCCACUACGUGAACUCAGGGGCGCUGGGGACGUUGGUCGGCACGCAUCUGUCGUUGUUUACGGUCACCAACAACGAGUCGCAGAUCCUGGACCGGGUCUGGUGGGACAGCGCCACGUACGAACGCUACCACCCGUACCGCGGCUGCGUGCUGGACCUGUACAGGAACCACACGCUCCGGCCGAGCGUCGCCUACACCAACGUGCCGCAGAUGCAGCUGCGACCGGAGCGUAACGCCGCCGCGCUCGUCAGCCAGCACUACGCCCUGGGCGUAGCGUACGCUGAGCACCGGCGCGUGAAGGCCCUCUCCGACCGACCCGUCCGGCUACCCGGCCUACGGCACGAGACCAGCGACCAGACAUUCUUCCUCGCCUUCGCGCAGGCUCGCUGCUCCACCAAGCGGUCUGGCAGUACCAAUUACCUCCUGCAUCGCCUGGCGGGCAUUAUACCGGAGGAUCUGCAGGUGAACUCGGCCGUGUACAACCACGCCAAGUUCCGCCAGGUGUACAGAUGCUCGGCCGUGCCCGCCGUCUACGACCAUGCGCCCUGCACCAUCCAGCCUCGGCGGUAGGGUGGAGGGAGGUCGCGCUGGUGUCGCGCGCCGCCUCGUGCUAUGAGCGUACCGGCCCGAGAGAGCAGAGCAGCUGUGUGGAGUGAGUCGCAGUCGAUAAAGCAUCUGGGGUGGGCGGCGCGGCGCUGUUCAAUGGUAGUCUCCGACCGCCCAUCACGGACUCCCAUGGUCUUCAUAUGCAGUCGCUCGUAAGAAGCGUAAUCGUGUUAAAUCGAACUGCUUCGGCUGUUCCGUCCGGUCAGUGCAGUCUUAGCGUUCCCAGGUUGUAGGAAGCAAGUCUGCAGUCGUAUAGAGGCACGAGUCGAGUGACCUGUGUACGGUAUGUCUAAUCCACCGGUGCGUUUUCCGCAUGAUUGGUAGCAGUAACGUCUAGGUUGCAUCACCUUUUCGUUCCCUAUCACGAGAUCCAAGUAUGAAGGAUCUAUGGGUGGCUUCACAAUGACUUGUUUGAUGAUAUCGAAUGAUUUCUUGUGUUUUAUAUGCAUCUAUACACUGAUACGCUUUGGUCGUGAAACACACCCAUUGCUACACGUCCGGAUGCGGCCAAGUGAAAGAGCCGUUUUCAUAAUGAUCACUGACUUGAAAACUGUUUGACGAACCGCCUUUUGCUUGCGUUUAAAUGUAACUGUUACUCCGUUGUGGUACUAAACGAAGGAGUCUUGUCUUUAGCUGCAGCUGUCACUCUUUUGUGAUACUAAACGAACAAGUUUAUUCUGCUCUAUUUACGUUGCAACGCAUUUAUGUUAUACUAUGAUAAACAUGUUUCCGGCGCUAUGACGUGCAUGUCUGCUUAGAUGAUGUUAGCUAUGAAAGGUUCAUCCGUGUAAACCUUUAUUGCAUAUUAUAUAAACGGUAUGCAUUAAUGAGAGCUUGUCUUUCGCGGUGGCAUGGAUAUUCCAAAACUUUAAUUAGAGCCUCUCCUUGGCGAUGCAUAUUCCAAAACCUUAACAUAAAGUGGCGG